AUGGAGGAUGAGGACGUGGCGAUCUGCUUGUUGUGCAGCCUCCCCAAGAGCUACGAGAACGUCGUUCUCAACUUGGAGAUGAGCAGCGCGGAACUGCGAUCGCGAGACGUCGUGAGAGUGCUCACGAAUGAGCACAUCAAGAGGCAAGGUGACAAGACGACAUCGGUGAAGACUGAAGACGCGGCGAAGGCGUUCAGUGCCGAGCGUGAACCUCGACAGUGUACAUACUGCGGAAAAUUGGGGCACACGGCGGAGCGGUGCUGGACCAAGCAGAAGGACGAAAAUCAAGGUGGAGCUCGACGCGGCGGCAACAAUGCUCGUGGACGCGGAGCCAACAACGUUCAGUGGCGAAUCAACAGCACCUACGACGACAACUACGAUCGAGUUGCAUUCGCGGUUUCGCUGCAGGCUGGACUUUCGACGGGCAAGAAUAUGCCAGGGAUGUGGGCAGUGGACAGCGGUGCGACGCAUCACAUCUGCAACGACAAGGCAAAGUUUGCAAGCCUGAAUGAGCGAGAGAAAGGCGAACUAUCAGUGGCUGAUGGCAGCAAGGCUGCGAUCAAGGGUGUGGGAACCAUCAUGGAACGGGUGGUUCUGCCCAAUGGUGACGAACGCGACAUCGAGAUCAAGGAUGCACUGUUUGUACCAAGUAUGAGCAAGAAUCUGCUUUCGGUGCCACAGAUCAACAAGGGUGGCAGGUUCCAAGUCGUGUUCGAUGGGUCCAAGAUGCAAGUGAAGCGCAAGAAUUCCACACAAGUCGUGGCAACAGCGUAUCUCGUCGAUGGACUUUACUGGCUGCGGACUCCUCAACGAUCGGCAAAUGCAGCAACACGCAAUGGGACUAUCGACUUGCAUGCGCGCAUGGGUCAUGCACCCCUCGAAGUUCUGCGCAAGAUGGUGGCCACCGGCAUGAUCAAGGACGCCAAGGCACCUCUCAACUCGACUGGUCCAAGUGUGUGUCGCGGUUGCCAGCAAGGAAAGAUGGUCUAA